AUGUGCAGCCGGAGCCCAUCGCCGAGCAAUGUUUCUCCCAGUGCCUAAAGGGGAUAAUUGUCGCCUGCAGAUGUUGCUUUGCUUCUGCAUUGGGAUCGAUGGAUGCUCUGAUGCUGUGCUGCCCUGGGCAGAAUCAGGGCAGGAGGAGCAGUGCGGGGUUGGGAUAUUCCCACAAUCCCUCACUGUGUGAUGGGAAAGCUCUCCGCCCUGAAAGCAGCAAGAAAGUGUCCCCCAAAAUGCACUUCUGAUUGCAGAAACGGCUGCAUCCCUUUUCUCCCACUGAAAAUGUCAUAUUUGGAUAUUUGGAUAUUUUUCUCUUUUUUUCCCUCCUUUUUUUUUUUUUUUUUUUUUUUUUUUUUUUUUUUUUUUUUUUAGUGUAGCUCCUCAGGAGCUCUGCAGCAGCAGCUGCUUGGUUGCUCUCUGUGGAUUAGGAGAUGGGGAUCUACUCUGGGGGUCAGGAAAAGGACCUUAGGAAUGGUGUUUCUAGGAGGGAUUAUGCUUGGGAUUGGAUGCAAUGGUGGCAGCGGCUGAUGGGUCCUAUUUGUAGGCAGAGAGCACUGGGGCAGGAGCAUUGCUCUGGUUAAUUUAAAGCAUCGACACAGCCCCCAACUGCUGAGUCCUCAGUCUGUGGCAGAUGUGAAGGAAAUGCAUCAAAACUGGGAAGCUGAAGCAUGGGAGUGCCUGGAAAAUCUGGCCAUGCCAACUGCAGAGGUUGGGCAACCGAAUGGACAACACGCAGAUUCCCUGCUGUUCUACUGGGGUCCUUCCCAGCACUUCAGGUUUACCGAAGCUACAGCAAAAAAUCCGUAGGGUUGCAGUUUGGGGAUCUCUGUCAGCUGCCCACUCUUUGCUCAGCCUGAUGCUCUUGAGACCCAAAAAAGGAAGAACUGCCCCGUUCCUGGCUGCUCGGAAGGGGAUGUGAUGACGGAGGCGAAGGUGGCAGCGCUGUGGGGCGGUAAACAGGAAAUCCAGCUCCACCCUGCAAGCAUUCAGGGGGAGAAAAAAACGCUUUUGGAGGCUCCCCUUCUGCCUCAAAAUGGGUGCUUUUUGAUUUAUUCAUUUAUUUUGCCAUGAUUUUGCCCCAUGUGAGGAAGCGAGGGGUUGGGCUUCAGCCCUUUGUGUCGCUCUGCGCUCAUUGCGAAGGGUUUGGGGUUUGUUUUGGCCGCUUUGGUAUUGUUGGUGAUGUUUCUGCGUGACCUAAGCAAUGUUAUCCUCCCUUAAUGGUUACUUCCAUCAUCUGGAUUGGAUGAGCAAAGCACUGACUGCUCCACGUGCUGCAGCUGCCAAUGCUUUGGCUUAACCCAAAUUCUGGUGCCAUGCAAUGCUGUGCCAGGAUUUAUCCCAGCACUGUCAGCAUUCCCUUUUCCUAUGUAAUUCUCCAUGCACGUGGAGGGUCGUUAUUUUUUUUUCCCCGUUUUCUUGCUGUGAUGAACCACGUGGAUGGGGUAAAGGCCUUGUGCUGAUGUGGGGCUGCAGUGCUGCUCUUCAGGAAGCGCGCGGCUUCGUCAGCUUUUCCGCUGCAAGAUGCGAUCUUUGCAGGGCGGCUUUCUCUUCUGCUUUCUGCUUUGCUUUUGCAAAUGCUUCCCUCCAUUGGACCACGAGUGUUUUCCGUUGCGUGGUUUGUUUGCUGUGAGCUUGGGAUAAGGAUUGCUGCUGCCCUCGGGUCUUUGGUUUCCUCUGACACAGGUUUUGUCCCGUGGCCUUGCUUGAAUCACCCAUCCCUCUGCGCAUCGCUGUGGGUUUGGAGCUUUGCUUUUGCAGUUCAAGUUUUGUUUCUUGGAGCUUUGGAGCGUGAAGGGACUGCGAAGCUCUGGGCAGCGUGGGAAGUGGAGAAAACUGCAAUUUGUGCAUCAAUUCUGAUGAAAGAGGAGCCUGAGGAUGGAGUACGGCAGCAGCUGCGAGUACCUGGUCCCCUGUGGGAAGGACAAAUUCAUCUCCAAAAAUGAGCUGCUGUUGCACUUGAAGACAUACAACAUCUACUAUGAAGGGCAGAAUUUGCAGCUGCGGCACCGGGAGGAGGAAGGUGAGCUGAUCGUUGAGGGGCUGCUGAACAUCUCAUGGGGCCUUCGGCGACCCAUCCGCCUGCAGAUGCAGGAUGACAACCAGCGCAUCCGCCCGCCGCCCUCCUCCUCCUCCUGGCACUCUGGGUGCAACCUGGGGGCACACGGGUCUGUGCUGAAGCCCAGCACCUUGCCAGACAUCCAGGUGACAGAUGUGGAUGCCACAGUGAAGGCAGAGGGUGCCAGCAGCAACGCAGGCACCACGAGGCUGCAGCCAGAAGAUCCCCCGCAGCUGCUGCGCACACGGAGCGAUGUGGGCGUGCGGCGCCGGGGCAGCUCCCGAACCCCCAGUGAGCAGCGCCGCAUCCGCCGCCACCGCUUCUCCAUCAACGGGCACUUCUACAACCACAAGACAUCCGUGUUCACGCCUGCGUACGGCUCCAUCACCAACGUGCGGAUAAACAGCACAAUGACAACCCCGCAGGUGCUCAAGCUGCUGCUCAACAAGUUCAAGAUUGAGAACUCGGCGGAGGAGUUCGCGCUCUACAUCGUGCACACCAGCGGAGAGAAGCAGAAGCUGAGGGCCACUGAUUACCCGCUGAUCGCCCGCGUCCUGCAGGGCCCCUGUGAGCAGGUCUCCAAGGUCUUCCUGAUGGAGAAGGACCAGGUGGAGGAGGUCACCUAUGAUGUGGCACAGUACAUCAAAUUCGAAAUGCCUGUCCUCAGGAGCUUCAUCCAGAAGCUGGAGGAAGAGGAGGACCGCGAAGUGAAGAAGCUGAUGCGCAAGUAUUCCAUCCUCCGGCUGAUGAUUGAACAGAGACUGGAGGAGAUUUCUGAAGGUCCAGCAAGGCUGUGAAUGCAGCUCUCAUUGCAAGAAGCUUGCACGAAGGCCAUCCUGCUCCAAACCCUACAUUCCCAUCUCUUGGGGAGCAUCAACCAGGAGCCAACCCGUCCUUCUGCACAGGGCAGAAUGUAGCUAUUGCCAUGCCCUGAUGUCACCCCCAAAAAUGCAAGCCCCUGCGAUGCUGGCACACUCAGGUAGCCCCGUCCCAUGCACAGGACUCGGCAGCUUCUUUGCAGCAUCCUCGGAGGGCUCUUCUUCUGCAAAUGCUUGUUCUGCUCCUUGCUGGAUGCAGAGAGCCACGUGCAGGGCUCUCCCAGUGGCACAAAACUCAAAUCCUUGCAAAAAAAGAUAAAAGGAGAUUAAGGAGCAGAGCAAAGCUGCUGCAGAUGGGCAUGAGAAGGGCUGCAAGUGCUCAGCAGCAAUAACCCAGGCUCAGUUUGGUGCAGUUCUCCCAUACAGUGCCUGGAGGAAGCCAAACAGCACAAAUGAUUCCUCUUAGAAAAGAAAGAUAUAUGUUGGGAAAAAAAGCACAUUUGUCUUGCAAUAAUUCAGAGGUGAUGGGAAGCUUUUGUACAACCCCAAAGGACUUCUGAGAGUUGCUUUCUUCCACUUUCGCCAUGGAAAGCAAAUAAGAUUGAAUGUUGGACUUACAGUAGAAGAGUUCCAGCUCAUUUCUCCCUUAAACCCACAUCUGGUUGUUUAACCCUCCUCUCCCUGUUCUUAAUUUGCACUAAUUAUACUGUGGGAUUUAAAAGAACCACCACACACACGAUGUCAAAGCUCUCUGGUAGCCAAAUGCCAAAUACUGCUCACCGGAGCAACGAUGGUGCUGAGCUGCCCUGAGAGAUCGCUGUAAGGAAAAUGGAGCGGCACAGGGACUCCGAACUCUCCUCAUCUCAUUUUCUGGGGGGAUUUUGCAUGUUUGUGAGUUGAAACUGAGUCUGGGUAAUGUUUCUCCUUCUGUGUGAGGGGACUGAGACAGAAUGAGGUUUAUUUUGCCAGGCAAAAGCCUCCCUCCCUCCAUGCGAAACCAGCAAUAUCUAUUUAAUACCUCGAUGUGAACUAAAACUCUGACUUCUCCCACUCUUGAGUAUUUUGCAAUGUAUCUUUGUUAACAUUCCUUUUGGUUAAUGGUACCUUUUACACUUUUAACACGUGUUACGGGAAGUAUUGUCCGGUGUCAAAAGUGUUUUAUGUGUUUGGAGGACGAUUGUGGCAUUGCUUUGUUUAUUAACAAGAAAACCAAAAUAUGUAGCAAAUUAAUACAGUAUGGAAGCACAUGA